AAUUUCAUCAUAUAUAACACCUAUUUUUUCAGUCUGGCACCGUGGGCAUGCCUAAAGGUGUAAUGAUCUCUCAUGAUGGCGUUCUAUUCUGUUGUCAUGCUAUGGGCAAAAUGAUGACUUCCCUGGAGGAAGCAAAAGAAACGGUGGUCACUUAUUUACCCCUAAACCAUAUAGCCGCUCAAUUAUUUGAUAUAUUUAUGGCAUUGGAAUAUGGCGGCCUUAUCUACUUUGCCGAUCGAAAUGCUCUCAAGGGUUCUUUAAUUAAAACCUACUCCAAAGCCAAGGUAAGCAUGAUGUUCGGCGUACCGCGUGUAUUUGAAAAGAUGCAAGAGAGACUGGAAUAUGUAGAAGCAAAUUCGUCGACUUUAACGAAAGUUGUAAUGAAUACUGCGCGCAGUAUGAUGGAAAGCUAUCAUUUGGCUAAAAUGGAAAAUAAAUCUACAUCGGGUAUAAAAUAUUGGUUAGCCGCAAAAGUUGUACAUAAAAUCAAAGUAGCUUUGGGCUUGGAAAUGGCAAAGGGUUGUUUCAUAGGAGGAGCUCCAGUAACUGAAGAAUUAAAGAAAUUUUUCUUGGGUUUGGAUAUGCCCCUGAUAGAUGUAUAUGGUAUGUCAGAGACCAGUGGUGCGGUAGUGUACAAUUUUGAUCGACCCAAUUUGCAAACUAGUGGUAAAGCUAUGGAGGGUGUAGAACUUAAGAUUGAUAAUCCCAAUGAGCAGGGAGAAGGCGAGAUUUUAAUGCGUGGACGCAGCAACUUUAUGGGCUACUUAAAAGAACCCGAAAAAACUGCUGAAACUUUGACCGAAGAUGGUUGGAUUAAAAGCGGUGAUUUGGGUUAUAUGGAUGAGCAGGGCAAUCUCUAUGUAAGUGGACGUAUUAAGGAACUAAUUAUUACAGCUGGUGGGGAAAAUAUACCACCAGCUCAUAUAGAAGCUGUGAUCAAGAAAGAAUUGCCCUCUGUCAGUAAUGUUGUGGUGAUAGGAGAUCAUAAAAAAUAUUUAACGGCUUUGUUGACAUUUAAGGUGGAUAUUAAUCCCGAUACUGGUUAUCCCUUGGAUACUCUCAGACCAGAUGCCUUACAAUGGUUGCAAUCAUUAAAUCUCAACUAUACCCGUCUUUCCGAAAUGCUCAAUAUUAAAUUGCCAGAAGAUCUACAAAACUUUGAUGCCAAUAAGGUAGAGAUCAACUGUGAUCCCAAGGUUUGGCAAGCUUUGGAGGCAGGCAUUAAACGUUAUAAUGAACAGGCCAUUUCAAAUGCUCAAAAAGUUCAGUAUUUCACUAUAUUGCCUCAUGAUUUCUCCAUACCCACCGGUGAAGUGGGUCCAACUCUGAAGAUAAGAAGAAAUAUUGUCCAUAAGAAAUAUGCCGAGAUUAUAGAGAAAAUGUAUACUAAGUAAUGAUUUUACUAUUGUUAAAUAUUUUAGUAGUUGUAAAAUAAAAAUGAAUUCAGUUUCAAAUAAAUUAUUUAGAAAAAUUGUAUAGAAAUCAA